CUCCGAAUGCAAUAAACCCGAACCUAACCCAACGCUCGCCGUUCGAGCCUCCGACGGGCGACAUAAACAAGGUUUCCCACCACUAAGGCAGGCGUGUGCAACAGGCUCGACACUACCAUCGCAGUGGCGGUGUGCCGAUUCUCUUUCGAGGGACUCGUUUCAGUGGUUUCUAUUCCGUGAUUCCAAUCCAAGUUGACCCUCCUCCAAAGCAUGAACAUGUUUCCUUCCUCACUAGUAUCCGCGGACCGCCACUCAUCACAAACGGACGGAGAACUUCACACCCCUGAGGAGGAUGGAGGGCAGAUAACUCCUUCACAUGGCGGACUUGUUCAGGGCCAUGAGUUUGACCUGCCUAUCUCACCAAGCAAUCGCUCGACCGUUCCACGAGAUCCAAGCCCACUUCGACAAUCGGAAGUGGUAAAUGGGAAUACACAUACAUCUGCCGCUGCCAGGCAAUCUCAGCAAGCGACACUUCCUACUAUUCCGCAGUCUCCUCCACCUCCUGAAACUCCAACUACGCCUCAGGCUCCUCGACCCCAGCCGACACAACCGCGCUCACGACCUAUAUCAAUGCCCCCCCAGCAAGCAAAGUUCCCAAACGGGACUUCUACUACGGAGUCGAUGAAUGAGAAUCGUGCUCGGGCAUUCCACAAGGAUGACGGCGUUAUUCGCUCAAGGGCAAGUGGAAAACUUCUAGGCAUGUAUACACUUACGAAGACUCUCGGCGCGGGGAGUAUGGGGAAAGUGAAGCUAGCGAUUAACAAUGUCAACGGUGAACAGCUCGCAGUCAAGAUCGUCUCGAGAAAGGCUGCGAUGGUUGCUAACAAUAAUAAUGAUCCCAAUGAUCCGCCUCCAACUGCAUCCUUCAUCAAAGCCGCUUCCAAGGAGGCUUCCAAAGAAAUACGAACGGUACGGGAAGCGUCGCUGUCCAUGCUUUUAUACCAUCCGUACAUAUGUGGCAUGCGGGAAUUCAUCAUCCACCAAAACCACUAUUACAUGGUUUUCGAAUAUGUCAACGGGGGGCAGAUGCUCGACUAUAUCAUCAGUCACGGUCGGUUACGCGAACGCGUGGCGCGCAAGUUCGCACGUCAAAUCGGAUCUGCCCUGGAAUACUGUCAUCUUAAUAACGUUGUUCACCGAGAUCUAAAGAUAGAAAACAUACUGAUCUCUCAGUCAGGGAACAUUAAAAUAAUAGACUUUGGUCUCUCUAAUCUCUACGACCCCUUGAACCAUCUAUCCACAUUCUGCGGAUCUCUUUACUUCGCAGCCCCUGAACUCCUCAACGCUAAAGUAUACACCGGACCCGAAGUCGAUGUAUGGUCAUUUGGCGUAGUCCUGUAUGUCCUGGUCUGCGGAAAGGUUCCUUUCGACGACCAGAGCAUGCCAGCAUUACAUGCUAAAAUCAAGCGAGGGAAUGUUGAAUAUCCUGUCUGGCUCAGUGCUGAGUGCAAACAUUUACUAAUGCGGAUGCUCGUGACCAACCCCAAUGCAAGAGCCACAAUGCAGGAGGUCAUGUCGCACCCCUGGAUGGUGCGGAACUUUUCAGGGUCACCCGCGGUACACAUGGUCCAGCGCGAGCCCUUGCGAGCGGAUGAACUCGAGCGCGAUGUGAUUCGUGGAAUGACUGGCUUUGAGUUUGGCACGGAGGACGACAUUGAGAAUCGACUGACUGACAUCUUGCUCUCUGAACAGUAUCGUCGAGCUGUAGAUCUGUGGGAGCGUAAGCGUGAUGCUCAACGCAGUGGGAAGCCGUGGGUUUACCCCGAAUCAUUCAGUGUGUCAGGUACCAUCGCUGGUUCUGCCUCAGGGGACAGCUUGACCCGCGCGGACACGGACUUAUCCAGUGCUACUACCAAGAAGUCAAACAAGCGUUUCUCUGGGCUGGAAUUCUAUCGCAAGAAGUUUUUCUCACCCUCCUCACCCCCCGCUCAACCAAAAGGUGUCUCUUCCUCGGAUUCAGCACAGCAACCCGUUUUCGAAAAUAAGGAACCGCUAGACCCCACGCGCGGUUUCCAUCCGCUUAUUUCCAUCUACUAUUUAGUCCGAGAAAAGCUCGAACGUGAGCGUGUAUAUGGGCAAGGCCAUUUCGCUGGAAGCGGGAUAUCGCUCAGUGACGCGGAAGCCAUACCAUCUUAUGCGAGCGCUUCAGCUCCUUCAACCCUCCCCACACCUCCUGUUACAGCGCUGAGUGGCUUGUCCACGAAGUUGCCGCUUGGGGGGAAGCCAGAUUACAAUAUGGCUCUUCCUCGAUUGCCUGCUCCAGAGACAUCCCACUACUCAGGCAUGUCUUACGAGUCCCCACAAUCCUCGCCUGCGCCAGCCCAAAUCGCUUUCGCUCAGCCGAGAGCGAAGACAGAUGCUGUUGGAACUUCAGUGUCGCCCCAUCAUCCCGCCCCGAGGGACAAGGAAAACACUGACCUUCCGACAGCUCUUCCAUCCGCUACCCUUCCUCGUGCUCCUCCUGCCUCUACACAUCGCCGUAGCCAAAGUCUAAGCCAGCGUCCUUCAAUGUUGAGGGCAUGGGGGGCCGGGUUAGGGUUUGGAGGCUUACCCACCCAGGAGGAAGUUCCUCGGACUGCGGGGCCUGAAGUCCAAGGCUUUGCUGAUCGGGCACAGCGGAAGGCUCUCAAAGAAGAGCAGCAGAAUUCGUUCAGUUCAUCUGCUGAGAAUCCCGUUCUCCCAUCUUCACCGAGGAUAGAGAAGAAGCCUAGUUGCGAAACACGAUCAUUGGGUGCGAACACUGAGCCAAGACCUUCUACUCCGGAAUCCACCGCAUCUGCCGGUGCCACUCUAGUCCGGAGAUUCGGCUCAAUUCUAGGCCGUGACGACAAGAGGAACAAAAGAACCAGCAUUAUCAUUCCUACUUCCUCUCCAAGAUCCUCAUUCAAUCAAGCCACAAGCCCAGAACCAAAGAAGGGGGAUGUCUCGCCUCUGAAGACAGUGGCGAUGGACAUCCCACAUGUCAAGAUCAAUGAGCCAGAUGGUAUAAUCAGAGUCCCGAAGGCAGGCACCAGUCAAUCGCAGCCAGCUAGUGUGGGGAUGCAUCGCCGUGCAGCCACGGCCUUGGAUCCAACAUACAGUCCAAGCAAGAGUGGAGUGGGCGGUCAUCACCGGAGGGGCAGUAUUGGGAGUGUCACUCGUGUCCUCGGCGGACGUUCGGCGAAGGACAGGAAAGUUAGUGGCCCCGCCGAUUCGAGACCCCACACUGCCAGUGCUCGUCCCACAGCUAGCGGCGGAAAUACACAAAUCAUCUCAGGGGACAAGCCAUCGGAUACCGUUACUCGUGUACCGGUUAAUGGUGUCGGCGAACAUGCUGAGGCUCCUAUACUGUUGGAUGGAUCCACCAACAGCGAGGCUACUAUGGAAGUCAAGUCCGUAUACUUGAAGGGUUUGUUCUCCGUCGCGACAACGUCCACGAAGCCUCCGACAGUUCUCAGGGGGGACAUUAAGAGGGUCCUGGAUCGCAUGCAGAUUCAGCAUCGCGAAAUCAAGAGUGGAUUUGAAUGCAUUCAUCUCCCCAGUAUCGAUCUGUCAUCAAUCCAGAACGGAGAAGCCGCCACAAGCGACUUAACUGUUCAGACCCAGGCGACACGUCCACGGACGAUUGCUCGGAAGGUAUCGCGUUUAUCCUUCGGUCGUAAAGGGAAGGAAAAGGAGCUCCCUGAACGUCCCGAGUCGGUAGUCACUGCGCUUGAGGAGCGGGCUCCUUCGUCGUCCAAGCUGAAUGAGGCCGGGAACGUCUCUGAUGGAGCUUCCACAAACGGCCAGGGCGCCCCGCUAUCUUCCACUCGCUCUACAAACUCUUUGGAUUCCCAAAAGCUUAUUGCGGAAACUUUCGCCUCACCGCCUACCCCUUCACCACAUUCUCAGAACUCCAAAUCCUUACCUCCAGUGCCUCGUGAUCACAAUGCAACACCUACGCCCAGCAGUAAUCCAGCGGCACCAAAACAAUUUAAUGAGGUUACUUUCGAGUCGACGGCGAAGAACGUUCUGUGCGUCCGCUUUGAAAUUAGUAUAGUGAAGGUUCCAUUUCUUCCCCUUCACGGCCUGCAAUUCAGGCGAAUAGGUGGUGACGCAUGGCAAUAUCAGAUGCUCGCUCGACGAGUUCUUACAGAGCUCAAAUUAUGACCCACGCUCCUUUCACGUUUUGCACAUAUCUUUUCUUUUUUUUCAUAAUGGCUGAUUGGCAACGUUCGCUGUUGAUGUUUUCUAGUUCCUAUCUGACUCCCUUAUUCAAUAAUAGUUCUCCUUAGCGUUUAUCUCAUUGCGCCUACCAUUUAAUCACCUUGCACUUGUAGUCAAUUUAAUUCUGGCUGACCUGG